AUGGUCAAGUCUUAUGAUCGUUAUGAGCAAGAAGAUAGCUUUGGUGUGAUUUCAGCACAAUCGAACAUAGUUUGGCUUCCACCAGCUGCAAAUCAAUCACUGAAAUCAAUUGGUAGAGCACUUUCGUCCGGGUUAGAAGAGAUUUUAGAAUGGGAUAUUAAAACUGGUGAAGUUAUGAAUAGAUUGAGAGAUGGUUUAACGCCAGGUGCUUCGAAUGCUCCAACAGCACUGGCUCCAGCAUCUGUAUCGUACUUAUGUUAUCACGAACAAACUAACAUUGUAGCAGCUGGAUAUCAAGAUGGGUCUAUAAAAAUUUGGGAUUUGACAUCAAGUUCAGUGAUGGCAACAUUUCAAGGUCAUAAAAGUUCAAUUUCUAUUUUAAAAUUUGAUAAUAGUGGUACAAGAUUAGUAUCUGGAUCAUCAGAUUCUUCAAUCAUUUUAUGGGAUUUAGUGAGUGAAGAAGGUUUAUUCAAAUUGAAAGGUCAUAAGGGACCAAUCACUGGUUUAUUAUUUUUAGAUGAAGAUCCUGAAUCUAAAGAAGUUGAUGAUUUAGAAGAUUUCUUAUUGAGUGUUUCUAAAGAUGGAUUAAUUAAAUUAUGGGAAUUGAAAACUAAACAAUGUAUAGAAACUCAUUUAGCUCAUUCCAAUGAAUGUUGGUCAUUGGGAAUUAAUAAAACCCAUGAUUUAGUGAUUACAAGUGGUAAUAAAGACCAAGUUAAAGUAUGGCAAGCUGACUUGAGUCAACCAGACGGUGAAAAAAUCAUCGAAAAGGGGUCAUUUGAAAAACAAAGUAAAUCCAGAUGUACAAAUAUUGAAUUUCAACAAGUGAAAGACUCAAAUGGUUCUAAUGAAAUUUUUUCAUUACAAAAUAGUGAUAGAACUGUCGAAAUCUUCCGUGUUAGAACAAUUGAUGAAAUAAAAAAGGGUAUAACUAAGAGAACCAAAAGAUUAAAAGAAAAAGGAUAUGAAGAUGAUGAAAUCUUACAAAACAUUAGAGAUUCAGAAAUAAGUAUGAUGAUUACCCCAUUCACCACAAUUAGAACUACAUCUAAGAUUAAGUCAAUUAAUUUUGUUAAUACCAAAUCAAAGAAACAAUUGGAUAUACUUAUAUCUUUAACUAAUAAUUCUAUUGAGUAUCAUAAUAUUCCAAUUCCUGAGCAAAUAAGAAAAGCAUCACCAGCCGAAUUAUAUUCGGUUAAACAGCAUUCCAUAGACUUAUUAGGACACAGAAAUGAUAUAAGGACUAUGGAUAUUUCUUCUGAUAAUAAAUUAUUAGCAACUGCAUCAAAUGGAGAAUUAAAAAUUUGGAAUAUCAAGACCAAAAAUGUUAUUAGAUCAUUCAUAUUAGAAAGUGGAUAUGCACUUUGUUGUAAAUUUUUACCAGGAGGUACAUUAGUUGUUGUUGGGUUUAAGAAUGGGGAUUUAGAACUUUACGAUUUAGCGACUUCAUCGAUUGUUGAUAAGAUUGAAAAAGCCCAUUCAAAUAAUAAUAAUGUUAAUGAUGAAAAUGGAUCAGCCAUUUGGUCAUUAGAUAUAACUCCAGAUGGUAAAACAUUAAUAACUGGUAGUAAUGAUAAAUCGGUUAAAUUUUGGAAUUUUAAACCAGAACAAGAAUUAAUACCAGGAACUAAUUCAUUCAUUACUAAGUUAAAAUUUAUUCAUCAUCAAACAUUAGAAUUAGAUGAAGAAAUUUUAUGUGUCAGAAUAUCACCAGAUUCAAGAUUAUUAGCAAUCUCAUUAUUGAAUAAUAAUGUUCAAGUUGUAUUUUUAGAUACAUUGAAAUUAUUUUUAACUCUUUAUGGGCAUAAAUUACCAGUAUUAUCAAUUGAUAUAUCAUUUGAUUCUAAGUUAAUUAUAACAUCAUCUGCAGAUAAAAAUGUUAAGAUUUGGGGGUUAGAUUUUGGUGAUUGUCAUAAAUCGAUUUUCGGGCAUCAAGAUUCAAUUAUGAAUGUUAAAUUCAUACCAGAAAGUCAUAAUUUUUUUUCAUCUGGUAAAGACGGAUUAAUUAAAUAUUGGGAUGGGGAUAAAUUUGAAUGUAUCCAAAAAUUACCAGCACAUCAACUGGAGGUAUGGUGUUUAGCAAUUAGUAGUGAUGGAUUAUUCAUGAUAUCAACAUCUCAUGAUCAUUCGAUUAGAUUAUGGUCAGCAACUAAUGAUCAAGUAUUCUUGGAAGAAGAACGAGAAAAAGAAAUGGAUGAGUUAUAUGAGAAUGAGUUGUUAGAUUCAUUAGAAAAUGAAGAAAAACCUAAAAAAGAUGAUGAAGAUGAAGAUGAAAGUGAAGAAGUCACCAAAGUCACCAAACAGACCAUGGAAACAUUGAAAGCUGGGGAAAAAUUAAUGGAAGCUCUUGAUAUAGGUAUUGAAGAUGUUGAAUCAACUGAAGAAUAUAUACAACAUUUAAAACAUUACCAACAGAAGAAGACUAAUAUUGCCCCAACCAAACCAACACCAAAUUCUAUUUUAAUUGCAUUUAAUGUUAGUGGACAAGAAUAUGUUUUGAAUACAAUUACCAAAAUCAAGUCAUCUCAAUUAGAAGAUGCUCUUUUAGUAUUACCGUUCUCCUACACAUUGAAAUUACUUAAAUUUAUUGAAAUAUGGACCAAUAAAGAUAAUAUCACUAGUAAUAUUGUUAAUAUUUCUUUAAUAUGCAAAAUAUUAUUCUUUGUUAUCAGAACCAAUGCAAAAGAAUUGAUUCAUCAAAAGGACCCUCAUUUAAAGAACCAAUUAAUAAAAGUUAAACAACAAUUAAGAGAUGAAUUAACCCAAGCUGCAAAUCAAUUAGGUUAUAAUACUCAAGGUUUAAAAUUUACUAGACAACAAUGGAAAUUGAACCAUGAAACUCAAUUCAUUGAUCAAGCCGAUCAAAAAGAUUUCGAUGACAAGAAAGCUCUCAAAAGAAGCUUCCCUACUGUUUAG